GCCUCGGCACAUAGGGAGGUGAUGUAUAAAUAAGGAGCUGAUGCACUGAACAUAGCGACCUGGGCUCCUCACACAGCUGCUACUCUCCCUUGAGUUGUCUCGAGACCAAAAAAAUCGACAGCCAAGAUGCGAAUCUCAGCGCCUGUUGCCCUGGCACUCAGCGGCCUUGCCGUUGCCAGCCCCGUCCCCGCCGACAACGAGUUCAUGAACCUGAUCUACCGACAGACGCAGACGCUUAACGCCGCCAUGAAGGCUGCUGGUCGCGAGUACAUCGGCACUUCGCUCACUGUCCGCAACGACAACACGGAGGCAAAUAUCAUCCGGAGCGAAUUUGGCUCCAUCACGCCCGAGAAUGCCAUGAAAUGGGACGCGACCGAGCCCAACCGCGGGCAGUUCACCUUCAGCUCAGCCGACCAGCACAUGAACUGGGCGCAGCAGAACCAGAAGCACGUGCGCUGUCACACGCUCGUUUGGUACUCGCAGCUGCCCAGUUGGGUGUCCAACAGCAACUUCAACAACGCGACGCUGAUCCAGGUCAUGACCAACCACAUCAACCAGGUCAUGGGCCGGUACAAGGGCCGGUGCAACCACUGGGACGUGGUCAACGAGGCCCUCAACGAGGACGGCACCUACCGCAACAACGUCUUCCUCCGCGUCAUUGGCGAGGCCUACAUCCCCAUCGCCUUCCGCAUCGCCGCCGCCGCCGACCCCUCGGCGAAGCUGUACUACAACGACUACAACCUGGAGUACCUGGGCCCCAAGGUCGAGGGCGCCGUGCGCAUUGUCAAGCUCUGCCAGCAGUACGGCGUCCGCAUCGACGGUGUCGGCUACCAGGCCCACUUGACCACUGAGUCGACGCCGACGCAGUCGACUCCCACACCGUCCGAGCAGGAUCUCACAACGGCGCUCAAGAAGACAGCCGACCUCGGCGUCGACGUCGCCUACACCGAACUCGACAUCCGUAUGCGGACCCCGUCCAACGCGCAGAAGCAGCAGGCUCUCGCCGAUGCCUACGGCCGCGUUGCUCGGUCGUGCUUGAACGUCAAGCGCUGUGUGGGGGUUACGCUCUGGGGUGUCUCGGACAAGUACUCGUGGGUGCCCGGUACUUUCAGCGGCGAGGGCGAGGCGCUGCUCUGGAACAGCAACUUCCAGAAGAAGUCUGCGUACAACUCCUUCCUCCAGGGCAUCUCUACCGCGCCAGCCAAUGCAACAAAGUUGUAAGAAUGGAGACAGGGAAAACAAUGGCAUCUGUAUUAGCACAUAGGAUGUUAGGAGUAAAGCCAGUCCCAGUCUUGACCACGUC